AUUAACUCUGGAGCCAGGAUGCCCCAACAAAAACCAUACUUCGUUUACUUCUGACCCACCUUCUUCAGUGCAAAAUGGGCUUUUUGACUGUACCUCUCUCGCAAGUUUUUGGGAAAAGGAAAUGGACUUAUGGGCAAGGACAUAUUCAUAGAUAGAUGCACACUAUAUUCGGUCCAUCCUGCUUCAUCACAUUGAGAUAUCAGGUUAUUACUUUUGGUUGCUCCUUUCGGGUGCGGUACACAGGGUACCUUACCCGGUCGGCCCACGGACCUGGUUGUGUUAAAGGUGCUAAAGGUUCGGGAGGCCGGUGAUUAGCAUAUGCAAAUCGGUGGGGCGGGGCCUCGGGGCCAGGUGCGCGCGGCUACCUUCAGUGGCGGGCUGCACCUGUUCUCCCCGGUGAGCGACCCGGCGAGCAGAUACCCCCUCCUCUAGCCAUCUGCAAAGCCGAGUAAAUGAGACCACGACUCUGGUAAAGGGCCAGCAUCCCCCUUGGUGACGCCCAAGUGUACAGAUCACAACUGAAAAGAAGCUUGGGCCCGGGUUCUAAAUCCCAAUCCAAGAAGACACGGAUGGGAAAGAAGCUUUAUUGAGCAACUACUAUUGAGCAGUUCCUGAGACAACUUUGUGAGCCAUGGAUUGUUUCAAAACUUCGUCAAGUCAUUCCUGGAUUUAUCCUACUGUGAUCCUGUGCUUAUUUGGAUUUUUCUCCAUGAUGAGACCCUCAGAACCCUUCCUUAUCCCGUAUUUAUCUGGACCAGAUAAAAACCUGACCAGCUCAGAGAUCACAAACGAGAUCUUACCAAUUUGGACAUACUCUUAUCUGGUGCUGCUGCUCCCCGUGUUCAUCCUCACUGACUAUGUCCGCUACAAGCCAGUCAUCAUCCUGCAAGGGAUCAGCUUCAUCAUCACCUGGCUGCUGCUCUUGUUUGGCCAGGGAGUGAAGACCAUGCAGGUUGUAGAGUUCUUCUAUGGGAUGGUGACUGCCACCGAGGUGGCCUACUAUGCCUACAUUUACAGCGUGGUCAGCCCAGAGCACUACCAGAAAGUGAGUGGCUACUGCAGGAGCAUCACACUGGUGGCCUACACAGUGGCCUCCGUGCUGGCCCAGCUCCUGGUGUCCUUGGCCAACGUAUCGUACUUUUAUCUCAAUGUCAUAUCCUUGGCCUCUGUCUGUGUGGCCUUUCUUUUUUCACUUUUCCUACCAAUGCCUAAGAAGAGCAUGUUUUUUCAUGCAAAAUCCAACAAAGAGGUACAGAAGCCAUCAAACAAAAAUACAGUGUCAGAUGAACCUUCCAAAGUUACCACACAAGAUGGCGAAGAGAUACCCACUUCAGAAAUACCUACCAUUUCAGGGAAACUGGAUGGUGCUCCGGUGAAUAGCCCAAUGCCUAAAAAUUUGGUUUUAAGUGUUUUUGUGCAGUGGUUCCAAGAUUUGAAGGAAUGCUACUCCUCAAAGCGUCUUUUUUACUGGUCCCUCUGGUGGGCCUUCUCUACAGCAGGUUUUAACCAAAUUUUGAACUAUGUUCAAAUCCUGUGGGAUUACAAGGCACCAUCCCAGAGUUCUUUCAUCUAUAAUGGGGCAGUAGAAGCUAUUGCAACCUUUGGAGGGGCCGUGACUGCCUUUGCAGUGGGCUAUGUGAAAGUCAACUGGGAUCUUCUGGGAGAGCUGGCUCUAGCGAUCUUCUCCAUCAUCAAUGCAGGCUCUCUGUUUCUCAUGCAUUACACAACUGACAUCUGGGCAUGCUAUGCUGGCUACUUGAUAUUCAAGUCCAGCUAUAUGCUUCUUAUAACCAUAGCAGUAUUUCAGAUCGCGGUUAAUCUGAGUGUGGAACGCUAUGCCUUGGUGUUUGGAAUGAACACCUUCAUGGCCCUGGUGAUCCAGACCAUUAUGACAGUGAUCGUAGUAGAUCAGAAAGGACUCAACCUGCCAAUCAGCAUUCAGUUUUUAGUUUAUGGGAGUUAUUUUGCAGUUAUUGCUGGCAUUUUUCUAACGAGAAGCAUGUACAUCAUCUAUUCAACCAAAUGCCAAAAGCAAGCACAGAGACCAGCUACAAGUCAGAAUCCAGAUGAGCCCCACCCAGAGGGGCUAAGGAAUGUCAUUACAGGAACAAAGCUCUAACCUUAUGGCAGCCACUGCAUCCGCUGGGCAAGGAUCCUCCUGGUCACAAAGUUACUGAGUUCCACAAAUUGGUACACUUCCUAAGUCUGGUUUUCAACGAACCUUUUCAAAACCACAACAAAACCUCAGUUUUAGACCGGCUACUAUGUGUCCAUCUGUAUGCAGUCAACAAGGCCCAUCAUCUCGAUCAAAUAGCUUGUGUUGGGGACCCCAGUGAGUAGCAAGAACUGAGAAAUUCUGGUUUUGAUUACUCACUAGGACUUACAAAUGGCAUGGAAAUAAACUAUGAGAAAACACCAGUCAUCCUGGAGUUGAAGUUCUCCAUUCAUAAACAGAAAUACUAACUGGACCAACCCCUUUGCUAGGUUUAAAUAUUUGUUUUAUUUUACCAAAACAGACAAGAUGGGACAUUUUUUGUCACAUAGUUAUUUUCCUUCUUUUAUUAAGUAUAUUUCUAUAUACUUUCAGUUCUCUGAGAGAAUCUCCAGGUCUGGUCCAGUUUCUAAGAGAGGUCUAAGGACCCCUCUUCAAUCCUGAUAACAUGGCAUUGUUCACAAACUACUAUUUGAUAAUAUCACCAUUUGAUUUUGUCAUGAUUACUUUUUGCUUUGUGUUAUUCUGAGUGUUGUUGAAAUUCUAUCUCAGGAAUAGCCCCAGACAUUCCUGUGUGUCCACAGAAUGACAUUCAAGUCAAUUCCUGGUGGCCUAGGAGAGGAAGUGAGCUUUCUCCCUACCAUGACUCCAGAUAGGUCAUGAUAUGUCAGUUUGAUCUCUGUCUAAAACAGAAAAAUGUAAGUAGAAAUUUCCAGGAAUUUCUGAAAAUAUUUGUAAAUAAAGAAAAAAAUAAUGAUGGGGCCAGCAGCGAGGGGGACAUUUAAUUUUUAAGUGGCAGAGAUUGUCCUACAUAAAAUACUGUGUGCAAAAAUAUUAAAUUGUCUUUCUAAAUUCUUGAUGAAUUGUGCUAAGAAUCAUCUGUGCUUGUAUGUCCUUUGAAACUUCAGUAGAAGACACUGCCAUGGAAAUAAAGAAUGCCGGUUCAA